AUGUUUUUGGCAUGUCAUCUUCGUUAUUGGUGUUUUGUUCCAAUGACUAAAGAACAGGCCAUUAUAGAUGAUAUAAAUUUAACUUCUACUGAAAGAAAUCUUUUGGCCGAACAUCAAAUGUCUUAUUCAGAAUAUAACACCCACGAAACAAACACAAAUUCAUUUCAACGAAGUGAUAAUAAUGCAAGUUGGUGUAUGAAUAAUAUACCAUCACCUCCACUCAACUAUCAAUUUUCAUUACGACAGAAACUUGAACAAUGGAAUUUUUUUCAAGAUCGAUCAGAUAUAUUUACAUCACGAUACAUUAAUCUAUACAAUCCAACAAUUGUCAUGGCUUUACCAGAUAAUUCGUCAUAUGAGAUGCGUCAUCUCAUACAAGCUUUAUUAGUGACUCAUGCCGAACCUAAAUUAAAUAAAACUAUCAAUGAUUCAAUAUUGACCUCUACUAACUCUAAUAAUACUUGGUAUCAACAUUUAAUACAUCCUCGUCUACGUUUAUCAUAA